AUUACCUCGAAGGCCGAUUCUGCGUCGGAUUUUACACUUUGGAUUGCAGUCAAAGCACUUGCAAACACCCACAUCAUUAUAUAUCUUCUCUCGGUUACGGUAAUGGGUUUCGGUGCUGGCAUCGUUUUCUCCUUCCUCUAUUGGCACUUGCAGGAUCUUGGUGGUUCACCGGUGCUGUUCGGUAUUCUCUCGGUUGUUAACCAUGCUUCUGAAAUAGUGGCAUAUUUCUUUACAUUUCAAAUCAUAAACAAAUUUGGCCAUGUGAAG